AUGAAAGUUGGUGAAUUGCUCGAAAGUAGCGGUGCCGGUGGUUCAAGAUCUAUUAUUGCAUAUACUAACGAUAAAAACGCUGGUUUUGAGACAGAGAUGGAUUCCAUUUUACCCAGUGAUGAUUUAAAACAAGGCAGUCUUCAUAGUAAGAACAGUCAUGGUAAUGAUGUUAAAAUCGUUCCAGAUGAAGACGAAGUAAUAACCCGAAGGACUGUGGUGAAAGGCCAUUCCAACCCCGAGGAGUCAGUUGUUAUUUCAUGCGGCACACCUGAAAUUGUGGGAAAUGGUUCGUUUGGUGUCGUUUUCAGAACAAAAGUGAAAGAGACUGGGGAGGAUGUUGUCAUUAAGAAGGUUCUACAGGAUAGACGGUUUAAGAAUAGAGAACUGGAGAUCAUGAAAUUGAUCAGUCAUCCGAAUUUGAUCGAUUUGAAGUACUAUUUCCUUGAACAAUCGGACCAAGAACUUUAUCUAAAUUUGAUUGUAGAUUACAUGCCCAUGUCUCUUUAUCAACGGCUCAAAGAGUUCAUUUCCUUGCAUCAACCAAUGGAUCGUUACGAAAUCAAGAUUUACAUGUUCCAAUUGUUCAAAUCUUUAAACUAUUUGCAUCAAGUGGUCAAUGUCUGCCAUAGAGACAUCAAACCACAGAAUAUUUUGGUGGAUCCAGAUACUUUACUGUUGAAAAUCUGUGAUUUGGGGUCUGCUAAACAGUUGAAACCAAACGAGCCCAAUGUGUCAUAUAUUUGCUCCCGUUACUACAGAGCCCCAGAGUUGAUCUUUGGUGCUACCAAUUACACAACAAAGAUUGAUAUUUGGUCUGCAGGUUGUGUUAUGGCUGAACUGCUAUUAGGACAACCCAUUUUCCCUGGUGAAUCUAAGAUCGAUCAAUUGGUUGAAAUUAUUAAAGUUUUGGGUACACCAACCAGGGAAGAGAUCUGUUCCAUGAAUGAAAACUACUCCGAACAUAAGUUCCCUCAGAUCAGACCGAUCCCAUUGAAUAGGAUCUUCAAGAAGGAAACACAGGAAACUAUAGACUUAUUAUACCAUAUCAUGAAAUAUGAUCCUAAUAUCAGAUACAGCGCUUUACAAUGUAUGUUCAAUUCGACGUACUUCACUGAUAUCGUCAGCAACACCGGGUCGGACUCAAACCUUUCGUUGAUCGAUUCUUUACCAUUGCUACAUUUUGAGGAAAGUGAAUUACAAGGGUUGUCAUCUAACGAUAUAUAUAGAUUGACUGGCAAACUGAUAUAG